AUGCUUUUUCUGCACGCACUUAUAUGCGGUAUUUUUUGUUUAUUUUUUUCAAGUGUUCAAGCUGUUGUAACAUUAGAUGGAUGUUCAAAACCUAAAGGUGUCCCAAGAUCUGGAUUUGAUUUAACAUUUUAUAAUAUAACAUUACCAUGCCCUUCACAAUAUUGCGACACCAAUUUCAAUUACUUACAAGAUACUUAUUAUGCCAACAAUUAUGCGGCAGCUGGUGUAAUGGCUAAAGUUAGCAAUGCAUAUAAUUUGUCCGACUAUAUCGUUGUAACACCUAGCAAUGGAUGUCUAUUGUAUGGAACUUUAGCUCCUGGGUUUAAUUAUCCUGAAAGAUUUACUGUAUCUAAUUUUUCUAUGUGGGCUACAGGUUACUUUCUUCCUCCUGUCUCUGGGAAUUAUAAUUUUUCUAUAAACAAUAUCGAUGAUAAAGCUGAAAUCACUUUGGGUGCCAAUGAUGCGUUUGAUUGUUGUAAAGCCAAUACGAGCUCCUCUGAUUUUAGUGAUUAUCAAAUUACAAGUGCUCUUCAAACGGGAAAUAAUAUGUCUUUUACUGCUUAUUUGACAGAAGGGGUAUAUUAUCCAAUAAAAAUGGUGUACAUAAAUAUAUGUGGUACUUUUCGAAUUAAGUUUGGCUUCACAUUACCAGAUGGCACAUAUUCUGAUGACUGGACAGGUUAUAUCUAUAGUUAUGAUGAUGGUGAGCAAAUUUGUGAAUUAAAUGAAAUAACCACCACGACUACAAUGUGGCAUUCUACUUACACUUCUACUAUUGCAACCUCCAUAAGUACCACUGUCGGUACAAACGGUUACCCAACUACAGUAACUAUCUAUGAAGUUGCUACUCCAAAUUAUACAACAAUUCAUUCGACUGUUACUACAGGUUGGACUCAUUCAUAUGAAAGCACAACUACCAGUUAUAUUACAACGACAGGAAGCGAUGGUGUACCAACGGCUGCUACCAUUGUAUAUGUGGAUACACCUGAGGUUGAUGCUGUUAGUACCACUUAUACUCCAUGGACUGGUGCGUUUGCUACCACCAUUGGUACUGGUGUUACUACUGUGAUUGGAUCAGAUGGACUACCAACUACUUCAACCGUCUACACAGUGGAAACACCUGAGGUUGAUGCUGUUAGCACCACUUAUACUCCAUGGACUGGUGCGUUUGCUACCACCAUCGGUACUGGUGUUACUACUGUAAUCGGAUCAGAUGGACUACCAACUACGUCUACCGUCUACACAGUGGAAACACCUGAGGUUGAUGCUGUUAGCACCACUUAUACUCCAUGGACUGGUGCGUUUGCUACUACCAUUGGUACUGGUGUUACUACUGUGAUUGGAUCAGAUGGACUACCAACUACGUCCACCGUCUACACAGUGGAAACACCUGAGGUUGAUGCUGUUAGCACCACUUAUACUCCAUGGACUGGUGCGUUUGCUACCACCAUUGGUACUGGUGUUACUACUGUGAUUGGAUCAGAUGGACUACCAACUACUUCAACCGUCUACACCGUUGAAACUCCUGAAGUUGAUGCUGUUAGCACUACAUAUACUCCAUGGACGGGUAAGUUCAGUACAACCAUCGGUACUGGUGUUACUACUGUAAUCGGAUCAGAUGGACUACCAACUACGUCCACCGUCUACACAGUGGAAACACCUGAGGUUGAUGCUGUUAGCACCACUUAUACUCCAUGGACUGGUGCGUUUGCUACUACCAUUGGUACUGGUGUUACUACUGUAAUCGGAUCAGAUGGACUACCAACUACGUCCACCGUCUACACAGUGGAAACACCUGAGGUUGAUGCUGUUAGCACCACUUAUACUCCAUGGACUGGUGCGUUUGCUACCACCAUUGGUACUGGUGUUACUACUGUGAUUGGAUCAGAUGGACUACCAACUACUUCAACCGUCUACACAGUGGAAACACCUGAGGUUGAUGCUGUUAGCACCACUUAUACUCCAUGGACUGGUGCGUUUGCUACCACCAUUGGUACUGGUAUUACUACUGUGAUUGGAUCAGAUGGACUACCAACUACGUCCACCGUCUACACAGUGGAAACACCUGAGGUUGAUGCUGUUAGCACCACUUAUACUCCAUGGACUGGUGCGUUUGCUACCACCAUUGGUACUGGUGUUACUACUGUGAUUGGAUCAGAUGGACUACCAACUACUUCAACCGUCUACACCGUUGAAACUCCUGAAGUUGAUGCUGUUAGCACUACAUAUACUCCAUGGACGGGUAAGUUCAGUACAACCAUCGGUACUAGUGUUACAACUGUGAUUGGAUUAAAUGGAUUAUUAACCACAUCCACGAUCUACACAGUUGAAACACCUGAGAAUAACGGUAUUACCACCACUAAUGUACCAUGGACUGGGUCUGUUACUUCCACUGUAGGUACUAGUGUAUUUACCACAACAGGUACCGAUGGAUUUUUAACCACAUCUACCGUUUACACAGUGCAAACACCUGAGAAUAACGGUAUUACCACCACUAAUGUACCAUGGACUGGGUCUGUUACUUCCACUGUAGGUACUAGUGUAUUUACCACAACAGGUACCGAUGGAUUUUUAACCACAUCUACCGUUUACACAGUACAAACACCUGAGAAUAACGGUAUUACCACCACUAAUGUACCAUGGACUGGGUCUGUUACUUCCACUGUAGGUACUAGUGUAUUUACCACAACAGGUACCGAUGGAUUUUUAACCACAUCUACCGUUUACACAGUACAAACACCUGAGAAUAACGGUAUUACUACCACUAAUGUACCAUGGACUGGGUCUGUUACUUCCACUGUAGGUACUAGUGUAUUUACCACAACAGGUACCGAUGGAUUUUUAACCACAUCUACCGUUUACACAGUACAAACACCUGAGAAUAACGGUAUUACCACCACUAAUGUACCAUGGACUGGGUCUGUUACUUCCACUGUAGGUACUAGUGUAUUUACCACAACAGGUACCGAUGGAUUUUUAACCACAUCUACCGUUUACACAGUGCAAACACCUGAGAAUAACGGUAUUACUACCACUAAUGUACCAUGGACUGGGUCUGUUACUUCCACUGUAGGUACUAGUGUAUUUACCACAACAGGUACCGAUGGAUUUUUAACCACAUCUACCGUUUACACAGUGCAAACACCUGAGAAUAACGGUAUUACUACCACUAAUGUACCAUGGACUGGGUCUGUUACUUCCACUGUAGGUACUAGUGUAUUUACCACAACAGGUACUGAUGGAUUACCAACCACAUCCACGAUCUACACAGUGCAAACACCUGAGAAUAACGGUAUUACCACCACUAAUGUACCAUGGACUGGGUCUGUUACUUCCACUGUAGGUACUAGUGUAUUCACUACUACUGGUACUGAUGGAUUACCAACCACAUCUACCGUUUACACAGUACAAACACCUGAGAAUAACGGUAUUACUACCACUAAUGUACCAUGGACUGGGUCUGUUACUUCCACUGUAGGUACUAGUGUAUUCACUACUACUGGUACUGAUGGAUUACCAACCACAUCUACCGUUUACACAGUACAAACACCUGAGAAUAACGGUAUUACCACCACUAAUGUACCAUGGACUGGGUCUGUUACUUCCACGGUAGGUACUAGUGUAUUCACUACUACUGGUACUGAUGGAUUACCAACCACAUCUACCGUUUACACAGUACAAACACCUGAGAAUAACGGUAUUACUACCACUAAUGUACCAUGGACUGGGUCUGUUACUUCCACUGUAGGUACUAGUGUAUUCACUACUACUGGUACUGAUGGAUUACCAACCACAUCUACCGUUUACACAGUACAAACACCUGAGAAUAACGGUAUUACCACCACUAAUGUACCAUGGACUGGGUCUGUUACUUCCACUGUAGGUACUAGUGUAUUUACCACAACAGGUACUGAUGGAUUACCAACCACAUCUACCGUUUACACAGUGCAAACACCUGAGAAUAACGGUAUUACUACCACUAAUGUACCAUGGACUGGGUCUGUUACUUCCACUGUAGGUACUAGUGUAUUUACCACAACAGGUACUGAUGGAUUACCAACCACAUCUACCGUUUACACAGUGCAAACACCUGAGAAUAACGGUAUUACCACCACUAAUGUACCAUGGACUGGGUCUGUUACUUCCACUGUAGGUACUAGUGUAUUUACCACAACAGGUACCGAUGGAUUUUUAACCACAUCUACCGUUUACACAGUACAAACACCUGAGAAUAACGGUAUUACCACCACUAAUGUACCAUGGACUGGGUCUGUUACUUCCACUGUAGGUACUAGUGUAUUUACCACAACAGGUACCGAUGGAAUUUUAACCACAUCUACCAUCUACACAGUUGUUACUCCAGAGAACCGUGUUAUUAGUACUACAUUUACCUCUUGGGGUGAUGCUUACACUUCAACUUAUUCCACUAACAUUUUCACUGUUACCGGAGCUGAUGGAUUGUCUACCACUUCCACUAUCAUUUACGUUGAAACACCAGGAUUUGGUUAUUUUAAUACUACUAGCUCUAAAUCAUCACCAUUGACUUCUAUUCCAGGCACCACUAACACUGAGCCAUUUACUAACCCAAGUGAAGGUAGCUCUACUUCAGAAAUCUUUACUAAUCCAUCUUCAGGUACUAGCUCUAAAUCUUCAUCCUUCACCACUAUUUCAGGUACUACUAACACUGAGCCAUCUACAAACCCAAGUGAAAGUACAUCCGCAUCAGAAACCUUUAUUACCCCAGUUUCAGGUAUCACCUCUACCUUUGAAAGUGUUAUUCCAGUUAAACCAACUACUGAGACAUCUGGAUUGCCUUCUAGUGUUACAAGAACUACUGUGAUUGUUACAUCUGGCAGAACUAUAACCUCAACUAUUGUCACAUGCGAUGCUACUACCACCACUAUUCCAAACAACAACAACAACAACAAUAAUAAUGGUGGUUCUAACAAUUCGGGUUCCGAAGUUUAUUCUGUUAGUUCUGAGACUUCCAAUACACCAGUUACUGUUACUAAGACUAGUGUGUACACUACCUCAGGUAGUGCCAUUACUGCUACUAUCACAUCAACUAUUGUUCCAAACAACAACAAUAACAAUGGUGGAUCUGGUAGUUCCGAAACUGGUAAUACACCAGUUACUGUUACCAAGACUAGCGUGUACACUACAUCUGGUAGCACCAUUACUGCUACUAUCACCUCUACUAUUGUUCCAAACAACAAUAAUAACAAUGGUGGAUCUGGUAGUUCUGAGGCUGCUAAUACACCAGUUACUGUUACUAAGACUAGUGUGUUUACCACAUCUGGUAGUAUCAUUACUGCUACUAUCACCUCUACUAUCGUUCCAAACAACAACAACAACAACAACGGUGGAUCUGGUAGUUCCGAAACUGCUAAUACACCAGUUACUGUUACUAAGACUAGUGUGUUUACAAUAUCUGGAAGUACCAUCACAUCUGUUAUUACAUCUACUAUUGUUCCAAACAAUAAUAAUGAAAAUGGAUCAGGUUCUUCAGGCAAUGCUAGUGAAUAUGUUGAGACUAUUACUUCUGGUUCUGUUUAUACCACUGUUACCAAGAGUGGCAGUGGCAACUCUGGUAAUUCCAACAAUGUUGUUACUAAGACCACAUCUGGUGGAAAAGUCAUUACUACUACUAUUCAAUCAGAAACUGUUUCUAGUACAGCUGGUAUUGAAGUGCAAAGUAUUCAAUCUCAACCAGCAUCUAGUGGAUUAAUUUCUAUUUAUCAAGCUGGUGCUGUUUCAAACAGAAUAUCCACUUUCAAGAUGUUCUUUACUUUAUUUGUUUUGUUUUUCAAUUUCUUUUAA